AUGGUCCUUCGACUUCCUCUCCCAUACAGGAUUGGCGAGGAUUUUAUGCCGGGGAACGGAGAUGAGAAGGUUAAAUGCGAGGCAGGGACUUAUGCAUGGCUCCAAGAAAAUUGUCCGGAUGUGCCAAUUCCAGAAUUGUAUGGAUUUGGCCUUUCGACCGGUGAAGCUGUACUAAGAUUAAUGCAACUGUUUUCCCCUAUCCAGCUAACUCAUUUCAGUUCACUCACGCUGAAAUACUGCCGCUUCUACACAGGUGGAUUCAUGCGAUCCGCUGUCGCGUUCUCUCAUGGCUGCCAAACCCCGUCUACAGAUGUUCCGCACCACGUCAAAGGCGAGCAAGCCAUUCACUCCAGCUAUCUAUUUCUCGAAUACAUCCUACCAAGCCGGGGAAGUAUGCUGUCGAACACGUGGGCAGAUAGGCAACACGAUGUCAACUGCGAACAACGUUUUUCCGCAGCAUUUCCCGCAUUCUCUCGAGCAUUAGCCAAGUUCCGGUUCCUAGGAUUGGCUCGUUUGUUAUCGACCACAGAGGGUAUCUGGUCCUAGCAAAUCGGCCGCUUUCAACAGCUCGAGAAUGAACAAAUACCGACUGGCAUACAUCGUGAUUAUACAUACUCAAAUGUUGACUCGUAUGUGUCGGAUGUCCUCUCAUUCCAUGAUAAUCGCUUCCUGUUUCAACCAAAUGCAGUGAAUGACCUUGGAGACUCCGUGUUCCAGCUGUCCUCACUCUCUGCGAUGAGAACCAUAUCCAAGUCAUUCUUUGAGAGGGAACUUGGCCGAGGGCCUUUUGUUCUCUCCUUAACAGAUCCUCAUCAGAGCAACAUAUUUGUCGAUGAUGACUAGAAUGUAAUUUGUUUGUUGGACUUGGAGUGGGCUUGCUCUUUGCCAAUUGAGAUGAUUAGACCCUUUCAUUGGUUAACUAAUUUGGGCGUCGAUCAGCUGGUGCCAGUUGAGUACGAC